AUGGUGCCUUCUCUUGCACUGCUUGUCUUGGGUCUGAACAUCCCCGCCCUUUCGGCCACAUGUGCAGAAGGCAGUAUCGAAGGCUGCUACUCGGAUUUGGAUGGCGAGCUCUCUUUGCGCCAGCUGCGUGCCGUGAGGCGACAUGAUUCAGAGGUGGCUGCGGGACAGGACAAUGAGGAUGAGGUGCUGGCGCAGGAGGGUGAUCAAGACCUGACAAAAGACGAGUGGGGUUCCAGCUCGAAUCAGCCCCAGUACGGAUCGCAGUACGGAUCGCCGUAUGGAUCGCAGUACGGAUCACCGUACGGAUCGCAGUACGGAUCACCGUACGGAUCGCAGUACGGAUCACCGUACGGAUCGCAGGGAUCACAGUAUGGAUCGCAGUGGGGUGCCAGCUACAGCAAUGAGAAGUGUUGCCGAUGCAAGUCUGGCAGCAUUGGUUGGUCAGCAAGCGGACGUUGCUCCUUCUGUCAUGGUUUCGUCGAGAAGACUGCAAGUGUGGCACCCGAGUGCCGGAAGAGCAGCCCCAAUUUCAUGGGAAGCCAUGCUUGUGCGAAAGCAUGCAAGUCCAAAGUCAAGAGCAGCUGGUCUUGGCUGGAGACCGCGGAAGGUAACGCGACGCAGGACUGA